GUAAUUUGCAGGAGAAAUAUAAAGAAAAAGAAACCAUUAUACCUCUCACCCUGUCUCUAUCUCUGUCUCUCCCCUCUCUCUCUCCCUUCUCCUUAGCUUUCUCUCUCUUCUUUCUUCUCUUCUUUGCUUAAAGAAAGCAAAGAAGAGAGGAAGAAGAGAACCCCUUCGUAAUCCAACCUCCUAAUUUUUUCACGAAACAUAUACCAAAAAGAUCAAAAACAAACGAAAUUCCAUUUAAUUUUUUAGAAAUUCACGAAAAUAUGUUGGUAGCAAACACCUUUGAUCUAUGGCAGAAAGACAUCUUCUUUUCAGCCGCAGAGGAGGUUCAGGCAUCUGCAGAUAUAAUGGAGUCAGCUUAUAGGACAUGGGUUAGACAGAAGAGGGAAGGGAUAUCAUCCAUUGCUGUAGAUGAGCUUUGUAGGGAGCUUCAAACUGCUUUAGCCACAGCAAAAUGGCAGUUGGAUGAAUUUCAACGAGCUGUAAGAAUGAGCUACAGAAACGUCGACGAAAUUAGGUCAACGAGACAUGAACAGUUCGUUUCCGCCAUAGCUACCCAGAUUUCAGGAGUCGAAGAAGCAUUGAAAGAGUAUUUCAGUGACGGAGUCAGAAAACCACUUCGUUGGGUGAAUUUAGAUGAAGACGAGCGUGAUGACUUAGCUAUGUUUCUCUCCGGGAAUCCAGGAAGCUCAAAUAGCACAAAAGACUCGGAUUCUGAUAUUAAAGAUUCUUCGAAAAAAGAUAGCCCAAAAAAAACAAAUUAUAUCACAAGUUGUAAAGAUGUUAGCCAUGAAGUAUUGGGAACUAGUGAUGGUUCUUCAUGUGAUAAGAAGGCAAGUUCUAGAAGAACAUGGGUGAGUCCACAUCGAAAGAUAAAGGUUAUUUAUGGAGACCAAGAUGUGGGAAUUAUAGGAUCAACCAGAUAUUUAAAAGGGCUUCAUGCUUGUUUCCAUGCUAACAAUCUUUUUGCUUGUGCCAUUCGUAUUCAUAACGUAUUCCAAUUGAGCAUGAUAUUCCCAGUUCUCAUCAACAAGAUAAAAGGAGGUAAUACUAGAGGUUGAAAUCACAAAGCUAUCAAGACUUUUACAACUAAUAUUCAAAUGUAACCAUGAAAAAACCGAAAAGUUUUCAAGAUUAUAUGGUAUAGCUUCUAGAGCAUGUGGUAGGGUUAUAUACUUGUAACAGAUGAUGAUGUAAUGUGUGCUUCAUAAAUGCAGUUUGUGGAACAAUAUUCUCAGAAUGACAUUAAACUUU